UGCUAGGAACCGGAUCAUAUGACUCUAUUCGGACGAGGAGGCAAGCAACCCCAAUUUUGGUCGAGUGGAGCAUCCAGGCACGAAAUCUUAGAAAUAAACUCCCUUGCCCACCCCCUCCUCGGGGAGGAUCUUCUGUCCUGACGAUCACAACUCUGUCGACCCUUGGCAUCCUUGCUUGUUCACCUUUCACUUUCUGCCCGGUUCCUUGCACAAUGUAUCGGUUUAAGCUGGAACUAGUCACGGCUAUCGCCACGUGGGCGCUGGCCGCCGCCUGUCACCAACUGCCUCGUGCCUCUGACGGGUCGGAGGGCUCUUGCCACCAAGGCGAUGCCGACUUCAAGGCUCUCGGAGCCAAACUUUCUAGCAAUGCCCAGGUGUACUGCCCGGGCUCAAGUGGGUUCAAGGAUGCGACCACACGGUGGUCCGUUCUGGAGGAGCCUCAGGUCAACAUCGUCUUUGUUCCUGGCACGGAGAAUGACGUUGCCGAAAUUGUGCAAUAUGCCAACAAGAAGGACCUGCCGUUCCUGACGUACAACGGUGUCCACGGCGCCCUCACCUCUCUCGGCAAGAUGGACCACGGCAUUGCCAUCUACAUGGGACAGUUGAGCAGCGUCCAGGUCGCGGCCGAUGGCCAGACCGCGACAUUUGGUGGCGGCACCAUGUCCAAGCUUGUCACGGACGAGCUCUGGGCGGCCGGUAAGCAGACGGUGACGGGCACCUGCGAGUGUGUCAGUCUCCUCGGACCCGCCCUGGGUGGCGGCCAUGGCUGGCUCCAGGGCCACCACGGCCUCGUCUCGGACCAGUUUGUGUCCAUGAACAUCGUGCUUGCCGACGGCACUCUGACCACCAUUGACGAGACCUCCGAUCUCUGGUGGGCCGUCAAGGGUGCUGGCCACAACUUUGGCAUUGUCACUUCCCUGACCUCGAAGAUCUACGACAUCGAACACAGUGACUGGGCCAUCGAGACCAUCAUCUUCAGCGGCGACAAGGUCGAGGAGGUUUACCAGGCUACGAAUGACUACCUCCUGAAGAACGGCACUCAGCCCGCCGGCGUGAUCAAUUGGUCGUACUGGAUGAACAACGCCGAGGCUGACCCCAGCAACCCCGUGAUCGUCUUCUAUAUCAUCCAAGAAGGCGUGACAGCCGUCGACACCGCGUACACGGCGCCCUUCCACAACAUCGGCCCGAUCUCCGUGACGGCCGAGAGCGGAACCUACAAGGACCUGGCGGCGUGGACCAGCAUUGCCACCAGCUCGCCACCAUGCCAGAAGAUGGGGAUGGCCAACCCGCGCUUCCCCAUCUACCUAGAGACGUACGACGUGGCGGCGCAGAAGCAGGCAUGGGACGUCUACGCGAACGCGAUCCGCGGCUCGUCUGCCUUCAACAACUCCAUCUUCAUGUUCGAGGGCUACUCCGUCGGGGGCGUCCACUCAAUCGACGCCAGCACCAGCGCCUUCGCCUUCCGCUCCGAGAACCUGCUCGCCGCUCCGCUCAUCAACUACUUCCCCGACGGUGCCGAGCUCGACCAGAAGGCCGCCAGCCUGGGCCAGGAGCUCCGCAACAUCCUCUUCAAGGCCAGCGGCCGUGACCACAUCCGCGCCUACGUCAACUACGCCUACGGCGACGAGACGCCCCAGCAGCUGUACGGUAGCGAGGACUGGCGCCAGCAGCGCCUGCAGGAGCUGAAGAAGACGUAUGAUCCCUCCGGCAAGUUCAGCUUCUAUGCGCCCGUGGCCUAGGGGGUUGCAGAGGGGUUGUUCGGAUGUACAGGGUUGGCACGAUAUACGCGCCGUAAUUCAUUGUCUAUACCAC